CCCCGCUCCCACGUACGCACAGAGAUCGGAACACCCACACUAGCGGCCCCCAUGUCCCACCACCCCCCCGCCCCAUCCCUCGCCGCCCUCCCCGUAGACACCUCAAAGACAGAUCCCACCCCCGCUUACUACAAGCUUCAGUUCGGAGACGACCUCACAGGAUUCUCCUACUAUGUCAGGACUCUCACUGUUGUUAUAGGCAGGAACUGCGAGCGACCAGCUCCGGUCCCGCCUCCGGCUAUCACCAAUCCAUCGGUACCUACAAACCCUCCACUGGAUCCGAAUGCGCCAUCGCCCCCGAGUUUAUACACGGGCAGUAUACUCAGAACUCCUCCAGUAGCAAACUUCAACUCUCCAUCUGUGGUAGAAGAGGAUCACGAAGCCAAUCUUGAAGACUACGGACCUUUGGUUGAACUCGCCGAAGCAGUCGCCGUCAAGGAGGAGGAUGUAGCCGAUGACAUUUCACCUGUGCUUGAACUGCCAGAUGCACCCCCGCCUCCUCCGCCUCCAAAGUCAUCAGCAAACGUUGAACAUGUUGAUGUGGAUUUGGGGCCGCUCAAGUCAGUAUCUAGAAACCACGCAAAAAUCGAGUAUAGAGCGGAGUUGGGAAGGUUUUGUUUGGAGAUUUUGGGAAGGAAUGGAGCUUGGAUAGAUGAUAGAUUCUACGUGAAAGGCGCAGUCGUCCCUCUUGCUCAAGGCUCGCAGGUCCAAAUAGCAACACGGAUUUUCUCAUUCGUCUUACCCCCUUCUUCGCUGCCGUCUCCUCCGUACAACUAUUACGGCCAGUCUGCUCUCGACAACGUUGAGAAUCUUCCCUAUCCAUACAACCUCCCCGCCAGCGAAGUCCGCUACCAAGAGUUCUUCGGUGAAGCCGGUCCAGGACCGGCAACCGCAGCAGCAAUGGCCAGUAGACAACCUCCUGCAUUUAAUGCUUUUGCUGCCGCCGAUGGAUAUGGCCUUGGGCUCGGUGUGGACAUGGAGAGUCAGUGGGGUCAGUGGGAGAGUGAAGAAGAGAGCGAUAGUGAUGCCGAACGUGACUAUGAGCAUUCAUUUGAGCGUGAUAGCGAGAAGGACGUGCACGAGGAAGAGCAAGCAGAAGACGAAGAUUGGGAUGACGCACAGAGCGAAGAUGAGGAUGAGGAUGAGUACGAGGAGGCCAAGCCGAAACAGGCAACCAAGAUCAAGCUCAAGAAACCGUUAAUCGUUCCUGGAGAGGAUGAAUCGGAUCUGUCAUCCUUGGAGAGUGAGCCCGAAAGGCCCUUGAAGUCGGUUAAGAAGCAAGCCGGCAAGAAGCAAUCCCAAUCUCAAUCCAAGUCUGUGGAAAAUGAGAAAGUGAAAGCUCUUAAAGAUGCCAAAAAGCCGAGCAAAAAGGAAAGCAAAUCGAAGAAAAAGAUCAAGGAGCCGACGCCGCCUGUGGAAGAAUCAUCAGCGGAAGUCAAGGGGACGCCAUCCAAGAGCAAGAAGAAGGAGAAAGAGAAGGAAAAGAGCAAGGUAGAUUCUGGAGCGGAGCAAAAACCGGACAUACAAGCGAUGACGAAUGAUGAAAAGGAGAAAACGACGCCGCAGAAGAAAGAUCAGAAGAAAAAGAUUAAGCCUGCGUCGGAAUCUAAACCUCCGGCUAAGCCUGCUCCUGGUCUCAAGCUUCCCAUCCCAUUAGCUCAACAACAGCAACAACAUCAGCCUGCCGCUCAACCGCAACCUCCUUCUGUACCGACCUUGGCUGCAGCCUUGGCGAACACUCCGACGCCUCCCACGAUUGCAUCAACUCCUGCUUCUCAACCUGCUGUCAGACCAUUACAACAACCCGUCAGGCCCGCUCCUGGUCAGCCUCAGCAAGGGGCCGUCCGUCCUCCUGGAAUGCCAGGCCAAACUGGCCAGCCGAUGAUCCGCCCUGGCCAGCCUGGUGUACCGAUGGGUGUUCGUCCACCCAUGUCAGGUCCGGGCCAAAUUCCAGUCCGGCCUGGGCAGCCUCAUUCUCAUCUUAAACAGCCCUUACCUUCCACACCUGGCGUGAGACCGCCCCUUCCUCAGACUCCUGUACCUCGCACUACACCCUCUUCUACAGGUACCACUCCUCAGCCUACCCAGCCUUUCUUCUGCACCGAGCUUAAAGAAACCUCAGGUCGACCGGGACACAUCAUCGUCAAUGUUCCCAUCCCUCCUUCUGGUGCUGGUCCUCGUCCACCCCCAGGACCUAUACUGGGCUUGGAUGGGAAGCCAUUCAUUGGGCCGCCACCGCUUAAGCCGACCUCGACCUUUGCAACUAUCAUUCAUAAGGCCCUUAGCUGUCUGCCGCGAGGAAGAGGAACGCUGGGGGAAGUUUGUAACUGGGUGGCGGGAGAAUGGGAAUGGUUCAGGUUGAAUGUUGAUUCAGGGUGGCAAAACUCUAUCCGACACAAUCUUUCUUUGAACAAGGCGUUUUUGAAAGUGCCGAGGAUCCCAGAAGAUGAUCCCGAGUCAAAGGGGAGUGUGUGGAUCAUUGAUCCGCAAGAAGGGCCGUUGUUUGAGGAGAAGCAAAGGCGGGAUGCAAUGAAGAGCGCGAGCAAGGAUAAGAAUGCGGAGAGUAGAAGAGAGAAGGAAAGGAUUAGAGCAGAAGAGAGAGCAAAGAAACAGAGAGAAGCGGCCAUUGAAGCUGCACGAAACCCGCAUGCCCAUCCAUCAUAUGUUCAUCACCCGCAUCCGACCAUGGCAAGGGCCAUGCCACCCAUGGCAACUGCACGAGCCAUAGCCCGACCUCCAGCCAAUGUCGUCCACUCUCAUCCUCAACCUUCCACCACCCAGCCUGUUCCAAGCCAGCCGACGAGUGCAAACAUCAAAGGUGUCCUUCAGCCAAAAGCCAAGAUCACCGUAGUCAUGCAGCCCAUCACACCCGCCCUUCGUGCUAAAUCGGUCAUCGCCAACACCGACUCCAAUGGUAACCCCCUUCCUUUUGUCUGCGACGGCACAACGCUUGUAUUGGAUCAGUCCACCUUUGGGCACUUGACAAGUGAUAUACUUGACAAGUUGACACUGCUUGGUGCGGCCGGAGCAGUUGACGUGCUGUCCGCUUGGGUGAUCAAUAAAAACAAAAUGCAGGCCAGCAAAGCAGCACAGCAGGCUAAGACAGGUGUUACAGGAACGGCAGCGACAUCGAGCGGGGCGCCAGGAGCGGUGGCUGCGAAGAACGGCGUUGUGAACGGUGCGGCGCGGCCGACCAACGGUGUGCAACCGGCGAGGCCGCAACCUCAAGUUGCCCCCAAACCGAAUACGACACCGAUUGCUCGACCUGCAGUCCCUCCAAAGCCAGCUGCGACACCUGCAGCACCUGCAGCACCUACGACUACUGCUACUACAACUCCUGCCCAACCCACACCAUCUACAGCUCCUGCGGUUAAACCUGCAUCGUCCAAUCCUCCCAAAUCCCUUCCGGGCCCCGCUCCUCCAGGCACCUCUUUGACAAAGGUUAUCGGUAUGAUUGCAGCUGUAGCGAAUGCCAAAGGCGAUGUCAACACUGUUGGUCCCAAUGCGUCAGCGUUAUUGAGGUACAUAAGGGUUGUGGGAGUGGAAAUCGAUUUAAGAGUAGCGGAAAGGAUUUGGGCAACGGGUGUGGUGCCACCUUUACCGGUGAAGAAAGUUUCAAAGCCUGCUAGUGGGGCGGCGACAGGAAGUACUGGUACCGGGGGCGCUAAGCCGGCUCAGGGAGCUGGAGUGAAACCUCAAGGGCAGGUGCAGGGGGGUGCAAAACCGGUACAAAACGCUUCAGUGCCUGCUUCUGCUCCCAAUGCUACUGGUGUGGCGGGGUUGAAGAGGAAGUUGGAGGACGCCGCUCCGGAACAGGGACAGGCGCAAGGGAAUAGUAAUGGCACUGCCAGCGGAACAGGAGGAGAUCAGGAGGCGAAGAAGCCGCGACUUGAGGCGUCGAAUGUAUGAGGAUGGAGGAGAAAAGGGAGGGAGAGCAUAUCAUGUAAUUAGCAAUUAUUAUAGUCCCAUUGUCAGUUUCGGUUGUACCUAGCAUUGCAAGUAUAUCCUUAAUUUAUAAGCAAGGAGCUCAAAUGAAUAAUGGCCCUUGCAAAGCAAUUCUGGAAGAG